AUGGCACUGCAGGCCGAGCAGGUCGGCGAGGGCGCCGAGCAGCCCGUCGACUCGAGCAAGGCCACCAACCGGGCCAAGCUGCAAGAGGAGUCGGAAGCGGUCGAGCUCACGCAGGACUUGGGCUGCGGCGUGGCAGCCGAGGAGGGCACCGCCAAGGACGAGGGGGGCAGGAAACGUGGCAAGAGGCGCGCGGACCAGGUCGACGCGUCGGUCGAGGCGGCCGCCGAGGCCCCCGGCGCCGAGGGCCAGCCCGCGGCGGGGAGGUCCAAGAAGAGGAGAGACCCCCCUGCGGAGCAGGCGGCGCCAGCGGCUCCCGAGGCCGAGGCGCAGGCCGUCGUGGAGGAGCUCGACGCGGUCGCCUACCGCACCAGGAUUCAAUCGCCAGCCCGACGGCCGGGACGGAGCUGCCCGAUCCCGUGCAGGCCUUCGGCUCGGCGCCGUUCCCCAAGAGGGUGA